GACGGCGUUGAGCACGCAAUGCCCGCGCCCGCGCCCUUCUCCCAGCCCGCCUGGCCCGCGCUGUACCUCUACCCGCUCAACGACUCAUUUGCGCCGAAACACAUCUCCCUCGCCAAUGGCCAGCGCGUCAAGAUCGGCCGACAGACGAACGCGAAGACCGUCCCCGCAGAGAGGAACGGCUACUUUGACUCGAAGGUGCUCAGCAGGCAGCAUGCGGAGGUGUGGGAGGAGGGCGGGAAGAUCUACAUCAAGGACGUCAAAAGCUCGAACGGGACCUUCAUCAACAGCGAGCGGCUGAGCGGCGAGGGGCUCGAGUCCGAGCCGUUCGAGCUCAAGACGGAUGACAUCGUGGAAUUCGGCAUCGACAUCGUCGGCGAGGACAACAAGACGAUCAUCCACCACAAGGUCGCCGCGCGCGCGUUCUGCGUGUUCAGCGAGGCGGACCUGCAGGCCGCCCAGCGCGCGGAGCAGCAGCAGGGCUCGUCGUCCGGCUUCGUAAGCAUCGCGCAGGCGCCGUCGGGCAGCGGGGGGCCGUUCAAUUUUGGCACAGGCGCCGGCGGGGCCAACCAGCCGCGCCGCCCGACGCUGCAGCAGCAAGGCAUUUCGGGCAUGGGCGGGAUGGGCGGCAGCAUGCGCCCGCCGGGGAAGAGCGGGCUCACGUUCGAUCAUAUCCUCAGCCGAUUGCAGAAUGAGCUCCAGAAGAGCAGAGAUACGGGGAGUGAACUUCAUUCGCUCAGUGACGCUAUGAACAGCGUGCACGACACUCUGGGCGGUGCUGUGGCCCCUAGCCUGCCUCCCCACCCACACUCCCUCCCUCCCGUCCGCCCAGCAUCCGAGCCCUCUACACUGAAUGAGCAACAGGGUCCUACAGAGACGCUACGAGAGCUGCAGGCCCAGCUUCACGAGACCCAAAGCUCGAUCGCAGGCCACGUCGACAAGAUGCGCACGCUCGAGAACAUGCUCGCCGAGCAUGAAGCGAUCAAGCGCGAGAUUAACUCGCUUCGGGAGCUCCUCGAAGACCGGAAGCAGCACCAGGACGGCCCGUCAAAGCACCAUGACCGAGAUGGCCGCCAGGAACGGGAUUACUCGUAUGACGACGACGAUGCGGCGAGCGUCAGGAGCGUCGACACCAUUCGCGGUCACGAGCUUGAGCGUGUCGAGGAGGAGAACGAGGACCAGCUGCAAGCGGAGGAGGACGAUGAGGAGCGGCGGAGACGGCGGGAGGAGCUUGGUCGGCCGCGGACGCCGGAGCCUACAGGGAUCCACGAGGACGAGGACGAUGAGGGAGUGCGGCGACGGUCGUCGGGCAUCCCGGAUAACCUCACGCAGCGGCUCACGACCCUAUCAAAUCAGCUCGAAUCAGCACUGGAGUUGUCACGCUCUCUGCAGGCACAGCAUGUCGCAGCUCAGAGCACGAUUGCUGCACUAGAGUCGAAGGUCGGGGCCCUGGAGACGAUGAUCCAGACGACGCAGGCGGAGAUGCAGGCGUCAAGACAGGCUCAGGAGGAGGCGAGGGCUGCUGCGGAGGCAGCGAGGGUGCCGGACGAAGAGCAUGUUCGGGAGAGGGAGUCUCUAACGGCACUGCUCAAUGAGUGGAAGAAGAGCGUCGAGGGCCAGUGGACAGGUGUGCAGGAAGAGUGGCACCAAGAGCGCGAGCGCCUCCGAAAAGCCCGGGAAGAGUUCGAGGUUAGGACGAAGGCUGUUGAGGAGAAGAUCGCGUCGGCGGUCAGUAGGCUGGACGGCGGGCUUGCGAAGCUGCACUUCCAGGCGUCGCAGAACCUGCCGACGAAUGGCGACGCACGUGUGAGCCCCGGGGGCGGCCUCGUCACCCCACCAAGCCCGCGCAGCGUCUCUUCGGAUUCAUUACGUUCGCGUCAGCGCCGGAAGCGCGCCAAUGGCUCUCGUGGACGGUCGAGUUCGCGCUCACGUUCGCGGAAUGGGACUGGCGGCUCAACAUCCUCCGACUCCCUCGCUGACGGCGAAAACAUCGCGAUCCCGCGCAGUCUGUCCUCGCCCAAGUCUCGGCCACGAUCACCAUGGAUCUCCGAUGACUCGAGCGACUCUGAGGAGUCGCACAAGGCGGCGGGCAAGGAGAAGGAGGGGUCGUCGCAGGCGGAGUACCCGAUGACACCAGAGUCGUCGACGCUGUUGCCACGGCCGUCGCUGGCGGAGCCGUCAGCUCAGCAGCAGCAGCAGCAGCAGCCGUCGUCGUCGAAGCCUCAGCCUGACAUGGUACGUAGGCCAAGACUGCCGUUAGCGCGCCCUGAUCGACUGAUCUGGGACUUCUGCUGGCAGCAUUUCGCACAGGUGUCGACGGCUGUGGGCGUCCUUGUGCUCAGUGUCGCUGCAGCCGCAGUUAUAUGGAGAGUGAAAUCAGAGUAGGGAAACUAUACCAUGCCAUACACCCGCAUACAUAUCCGUCGUAUUCCACCGUAUCGUCAUCGUCGCUGUCAUUCGCAUGUUUCGUUCAUGUUUGCCCGCAUCCCUCAUAAUCCGUUUAAUUCUCUACCCUGGUCGCUCGUUAACGUUUAUUUUCCAUCCCGUCUCGCGCGUUAGUCUGUUCGUAUCUGUAACUAUGUCUCAUGCAUGGUCGCUGCCUAGUCAAUGAACUUCAUGACGGAUUACCUUGUC